UCGCUGGAAAAUGAAGUCUGUGAUGAUUGUCGUAUUAUUUUAGAACAUACUAACAGGAAACGAAAUCUAUUCAUCGAUAGUAUUAGAAACCCUGGAGGCUUGCCAAGGAUCAAAUUUCUAUGUCGAUACAUGUAUUCUGCUAGACACAACAACUAAAGAAAGCAGUGUCAAUAUUCCAUCUCUGCACCAAAACAAUAACAUUCUUAAAUGCUGAAUUCCCUUUGGCAAGGAACCUAUUUGCAUACCCGUCCCAACUGUUCAGUUCAAAUUUAAUCGAACAUCCAAGAUUUUAAUGUUUUAUAUGAACCUUCACAGAGAACAUGCUGAAAAAGCAUUGUUUGUGAGUUCAACACUACAUAACGGGACAGCACACAUUAGAAAGAUCAUUCUUUUGCCAUGCAAAAUCUAUUCAUCAAUAGUAUCAGAAACCCUGGAGGCUUGUCAAGGAUCAAAUUUCUAUGUCAAUAUUCUGCUAGACGCAACCACUAAAGAAAUCAGUGUCAACAUUCCAUCUCUGCACCAAAACAAUAACAUCUUUAAAUGCUGGAUUCCCUUUGGCAAGGAACCUAUUUGCAUACCUGUCCCAACUGUUCAGUUCAAAUUUAAUCGAACAUCCAAGAUUUUAAUGUUUUAUAUGAAAUACCAUCACAGAGAACAUGCUGAAAAAGCAUUGUUUGUGAAUUCAACACUACAUAACGGAACAACACACAGUAGAAAGAUCAUUCUUUUGCCAUGCAAAGCCGAAUUUAAAGCAAAGGCCACCCAUAACAACACACACGUGAAUAUCACGUGUGAAAACAGAUCGUUUAAUCAAUCAACUGGUAUGCAAAUCUUACAGGGAGACAACAUCGUAUCGCAGUGCCAAUGGAACAAAACAACACUCAAACUAAUCUGCAUUUCAGCCGAAGGGUUGACCAACGGAAUUCAGAAAACCACAAAACACGACCCAAGGAUCAAGUACAGCUGUGGAAUGGAUGGUCAAUUUGUCCAAAUCAAUUAUACUAUUGUAUUAAAAGAAACAAGACCCCCACCUUUGAAUUCAUCUAAAGAUAUCGAAACACAUGAAAUGAUGUUGAAUUAUACUGUUAAACCCAAUUCAUUUACAGAAGAGAGAUCUUCACUCUCGUAUUCUUCUAGACUUGAACCACAACAAAUAUUGAUGUUUACAUGUAUUCUUCUGAUUUGCCCACUCCAUUACUAAAGAUGACUCAAAAGAUGCUUACACAAGUCAAUCUUUAAUUCGAGGAUAUUGAACAAGGCCUUCUAUCUAAAGCACAACAGUAUUCACGCAAUUAAGUCGUUACUUCAAAUUAAAUUAUAAUCGAAAGUGAUCUUAUAUUUCUUUUUCGAUUUUUCUACCUGUUCUUGUUUUAUGAGUUAAUGCCGUCUGCCUUGUUAUAUAAACACUUCUAUCUACAUAUUCCUAUGCUUUUGUCUUUCAUAACAAUACUAAUCAAUUUUAUAAUACAGUUCAGCUUAAUGCAGUUCAUCAAUGACUCUCUUAAUAUUUAAUCGUACAAUUGCUGGAAAUUAUUUAGAUAUAAGUAGAUAAGAUUCAUUUUUUUACAUUAUAAGGUGAUAAAAUACUGUCGGGGUGAUCAAAUAUAUCAUAAAGUCCGUGGGGCUUAAUUGGAUUUGAUCACACUGACCGUAUUUGAUUACCUCAAAACACUCAAAGAAUGAUUUCUUAUUUCUUAAAUAUUAUGGACGACGUUAGUGUUGAUGAUUCUGGUCGUUUACAAUUGUUGUUCAUAGACCUACAACAUUGUCUGGUAUGUGGUUCAUUGAUCGCUAGUUCUUACAAAUAAAAAUAUUCGUAUGUAUGGCUUUUGAUUGCUGUUUGAUAUAAUUGUUAAUUAUUCUGAAGAAGCACAUAUUUUCGUUGGGUCAAAUUUUUGUUGUCUAAAAUUUCGUUGGUAUUUAAUUUCGUCAUAUCGUUAUUUCUUUGUACUCAUUAAUACUUGGGUUAAAAAUUCACCUUAGGUUUAAUUUCAUUGAUAUAAAUUGCCAACGGAAAUAACGCAAUUUAAUCCUGAACGAAUAUUUCUGCUUCUACAGUUUAUAUUUUUCCUGCCUGUCUAUUUGAUAUCUGUUUUGCUGUAGUUAAACUUAAAAUGAGUCACAAGUCUAUGGUUAGAAUGUCUUUGGUUUUGUAAUUGCCGUUUACCUUUGAUUAUAACUUAUUAAUUAGUCCUUAUGCUUAUGUCUUGUAGAUCACUGUUCGUAUUGUAAAUAAAUGUUGUUUACCGAUUUUAUCAUUCAUGUCUAUGGUUUUUGUUGUUGUUAAAAUUAAAGCUAAUUCUCUGGU